AGUGAAUCUCGGUCCUUCCGUAUCAGGACUCGGGUUGACUGCAUCAACAACGGUCAUUGCCUUGAUAGCCUUCCGCCGGUCUGUCUUGUGCCCUGCCUAUUGUCGGACAAUCUAUCUCGGCUUGUCGGAGUUCUAACCUAGUGCACUUUGCACGAAAUUUGGACUGCUGCUGUCCCGACCGCCUGAAUCGUCUCCUUGUCAACGUGGCGUCCUCGUUUGGCGCUGGGACGCAACACUCUCCACUGCUCUCGCCGCGACCAUGAUCCAGGUUGUCGCCCAGCCGAGCAUCACAUAUCCAAGAGAGCAUCCACCAACCAUGCGAACCGCUCUCCCUUCUAGGCCACAGGGCCCUCGCGAUAAUGGAGACUCACUGUCUGCAAAGCAAGAACAGGCGGCGCGCAUUCGGUCUCGGAGUCCGCAAUCGGCCACAAGCCCAGCAGAGUCCUCUGAGGCGCCAAGCCCUUCGAUAAAUGGAUCAGAAAGAGUCAACUCGACAAGUCCUUCGCCCCUUGAGUCUUUAUCCCAGGUGUCGAUACAGAACACAACCGCCGGGCCCACCUCGGCGCCGACACAAAGCGGACAGGUCUGCAGUAAUUGUGGAACAACAAGAACCCCCUUGUGGAGGCGUUCGCCUCAGGGUGCGACCAUAUGCAACGCCUGUGGUCUCUAUCUCAAAGCUCGUAACUCCGCCAGGCCUACAAACCUGAAGCGGCCGCCAUCGGUUGUAUCAACGACCAAGAAAGCUGCCGAAAAGUCCCCCCGGCCAUGCUCAUCGAGCGCUCAAGCAAGUGCAACAGGUGCAACUUACGUCUCCGCUAGUCAAACACCCAUAGGGUCGUGCCCCGGCGGUGGCCGUUGCAACGGUACCGGCGGUGCAGAGGGUUGCAGCGGUUGUCCAGCCUACAACAACAGAGUAUCCAAGAGUGCGCAGUUGCACAGCCAACAAGCCUCGUCGUCAAAAUCAGACGGGCCAGCUCCAAUCGAUAUCAACGCCCAGCUGCAACAAAAACAACAGCUCCCGCAGCAUGAGCAAGACCAGAAUACAACAGUCGUGAUCGCAUGCCAGAAUUGUGGUACCACUAUCACGCCCUUAUGGCGCAGAGAUGAAGCCGGGCAUACUAUCUGUAACGCCUGUGGCCUGUAUUACAAACUUCACGGAGUGCAUCGGCCAGUGACAAUGAAGAAGUCGAUCAUCAAAAGAAGGAAACGUGUCAUCCCGGCGGCGCAGGCUGGUGAUGGCGACGACACUGCCUCGAGCGUCGGCGAUCAAUACAGCCAAUAUGCCGACACGGAAAUGUCUGAACUUGAACGUGGCAGCCUGAACGAGGACGGUUCUGUCAAUCUUGGUCUACGACGCCGUCAAGAUCGCCCCCCUAAUUUCCUGCCGGAGCCGAUCCGUUCGGGUUUGAGCUCGGCUUCUCUCGCCUCAUCAGACCUGACACCUUAUCACGCCGCAAACACACUUCCACCUCUGAACCUCCGCGACUCGCUGCACGACAACAACCGACUCGCGCCAAUUCUCUCCAUGACAGCCUCUGGCGACAGACAGUCGUCAAUCCUGCCAGGGUCCUACUUAUCACCAGGACGAACGAGGAAAAGGUCCUUUGAUUCAGAGUUCCCUGCUGGCGAGGGCAACAGUGAUGGGCCGAAGCGCCUGUCCUCGAUCAAGUCCAUCUUGAAUGCCUAUGGUGACGGUGCAGCUGAUUCAGGCUCAGCUCCUGAGUCACGCGAGACGUUCCGGCCAAGCCGGUCACCGUCAGCGACACAACUGCGCCCUACUUUAAGCCCAAGCCCAUUCCCGACUGCGCAGGCAGCAGCCAUGGAAAGCAGGUCAAGAGAGAACACCGCCGAUAGCGAGAGGUCAAAAUCAGAUAGACGCGCGGCUCUGAGGGAAGAAGCAGAGCGCAUGCGCGAGAUGCUCGCUGCCAAGGAGCGCGAGCUUGCAUCACUGGACGACUAAUCAAAGCGCCUAUUUCGCACGGAACUACACUG